AAACAAAAGGAAAUGGAAGAAAUUCCAAGUAGUCCCCUCCCCUCCGAGCAGUCAACUAAAAAAAACCAGAAAAACCUCGAAAAUCAAUCUCAAUGAUAAACAACAGUGAGUGGAAGUCUCUCUCUCAACUCAAAAUGGACGGCGGCGGCAUUUCGAAGGCAGUGGCGGUGGUGGCUUGCGCCGCCAUGGCGUUGUUCUACGUUGCAAUUCUCUAUGCCCCGACUCUAAUCCUUCGUCUUCCUCCUCCCCCUUCCUUCAAGAACUUCAUGAUCCGACGGUUCAUAUGCGCCGCUAUUUCUUCCGUCGUCUCCGUUUUCGUCUCUGCUCUUCUCCUCCCUAUGAAAAGCAGAGAGGCAUCAUCUCUAUUAGGUGUAUACGGCAUCCGAAUGGACCAUAUUUGGCAAGCUGUGAUCUUUCCUCUUACAUUGACUGCUCUUAUGUACGGUGGAUCCUUGGUCCUCAAGUCUCUAUUAUUGAUGAGUGCGUUGAGGGAACACAUGAAUUUUGGUGGAGGCCUUUCGUUCAACAAUAUCAAAAGUUUCUCCGAAGAGAUUGUUGCCUGUUCGUGUUCAAUAGCUUCUGAUGUUUUGGUUUGGCGUACUUAUGUUGUGGCCCCGCUUACUGAAGAGUUGGUGUUUAGAGCAUGUAUGUUACCUUUACUUCUCUGCGGAGGAUUCCAAAAGUCCACAGUCAUCUUUCUCUGCCCCAUUUUCUUCAGCUUGGCACAUUUAAACCAUCUAAAGGACGUCUAUAGCAAGCAAAACUACAACUUGACCAAAGCCUUCCUGGCUAUAGGUCUCCAGCUUGGCUAUACCGUGGUCUUUGGCUCCUAUGCAUCUUUUCUCUUCAUUCAAACUGGACAUUUUCUUGCUCCUUUAGUUGCUCACGCAUUCUGCAAUUUUAUGGGACUGCCUGUGCUAGUUUCACGGGGAAAAGGGAUAGUAAGUGUGGCAUCUGUAGCUGGAAUUGUGGGUUUCCUGUGGCUUCUUUUUCCAAUGACUCGCCCAGAGUUGUAUAACGAUAGAACAGAUAAUUGCGUAUGUUGGCAAGGAUAUUGUUCUGGGAACUAAGCCUGUGAAAUCUUCAAAGUAAAUAGGUUUGUUUAACCUAAAAUCUUUUGUAGCAUGAUUCUGUAUAACAUGGAUGUUGUUUCUUCAGCUAUAAAAAAAGAAAAAGAAAAAAUAUAUCAUCAGCUCCUGGAGAGAUAAAUACGUAACAAACACUAAUUGUUUAGCUUAUCAUUUUCUAGACUUGAAAAGAAUUUCUCAACUUGUU